AUGGUAUAUGAUACACUUCCUACUGCUAGUGCUUGGUUAAAAAGAAACAAUCCUAUAUUUCGACAAUACGUAAACAUACCUAGUAUUAACUCAUCUUCACCAUCAGAUCUAUCGCCAGUCCUCUUACCUUUAGCAUACCAAAGAUAUAAAAGACUCAUGGCUGGAUUUAUAAAAUUGGACAACUUAACUUUACCUAUAUCUUAUGGCGAUCUCGACCUAGAA